AUGUUGACCGAGUACAAGGAUCAGGAAUUGUGUGAUUUGAUAGAAUUUGGUUUUCCUUUGGGAUUUCACGAGGAUAUCAAUGCUCCGGUAGGUAUUCGGCCACAUGAUACUGAAAGCGCAUGUACAGAGCAUUUCGAAUUUGGGCCACAGGACAUCACAGUCAAUCAUAAGGGAGCCAUUGAUUAUCCAAAACAAAUGGAUGAGUAUCUAAAAAGGGAGGUGGAGGCAGAGGCCAUUUUAGGUCCACUCGAGGUAAAUCCUCUCAGUACACCUAUUAAAUUAUCUCCUCUCAAUUCUGUACCUAAAAGAGACUCGAAGGAAAGAAGGAUAAUACUGGACCUCAGUCUCCCAAAGGGUAAGUCUGUCAAUGCUCAUAUUCCCAAGGAUACAUAUCUGGGUAAGCCCAUCAAUCUAACAUAUCCCAGAGUAGAUGAUCUGGUUGAGCUGGUCAAAGAGAAAGGUAAGGGAUGUCAUUUGUUUAAGAGAGAUCUCAAACGUGCCUAUCGUCAAAUCCCUAUAGAUCCUGGGGACAUUCAUCUUGUGGGAUAUAUGUGGAGUGGGAAAAUUUAUUUGGACAGAGUUUUAUCCAUGGGUCUUAGAUCUGCAGCUUAUAUAUGUCAAAGACUCACUUCUGCUGUCUCCUUUAUAUGCCUACAAGCCGGAUAUUACAUCCUCAAUUAUUUGGAUGAUUUCGGGGGUGCCGAGGAGCAGUCAAAAAGCAAGGAUGCAUUCGAGUACCUAGGUGCAGUAUUGCACAAUUGUGGUCUAGUUGAGUCUUUAGAAAAAGCUGUUCCUCCCUCCACUAGAAUGGUGUUCUUAGGAGUACUAUUUGACACAGAAAACCUGACGUUAGAGGUACCAUCAUUCAGGUUACAGGAAAUAAUGGACUUGUUGGUGGUCUGGUUAGACAAAGAGGUGGCAUCUCUCCAGCACAUUCAGUCACUGUUGGGUAAGCUCAUGUUCGUCGCGAGUUGUGUCAGACAGAGUCGUAUUUUUAUUAGUAGACUACUAAACUGGCUUCGCGAUAGCACAAGGUCCAAAACAGACCAAAGGGUACCGUUAGAAGUAAAAAAAGACCUCCUGUGGUGGAAAGAAUUUUUACUAGUAUACAACGGUGUCUCUAUGAUGAGUCUAGAGGAAUGGUCUGUGCCAGACGAUGAGUUUGCCUCAGAUGCCUGUUUAUCAGGCUGCGGUGGUUUUUUCAAAGGGCAGAGUUUUCAUACCAAGUUCCCAGAUUUUAUCCUUAAGCAGGAUCUCAGUAUUAACUGCCUGGAACUACUCACAGUAGUGGUAUGUGCAAAGUUAUGGGGACAUAAGUGCAGAGGUAAGAAAAUUGUCAUUAAUUGUGACAAUAGUGCCUCUGUGGCGGUCAUAAACUCGGGGAAGUCUAGGGUUCCUUUUAUGCAAGCAUGUCUUCGAGAGAUAAGUUUUCAUGCUGCAAUUCAUGAGUUUGAGUUAAGAGCCAGUCAUAUUGAAGGUGAAUCAAACAGGAUCCCUGAUCAUCUUUCGAGAUGGCAUUUGGACCCAUCUCAUGGAGACAAAUUCCAUGAACUGACCAAAGGAAUGGAAAUCACAGUCCAUCCCCUGGAAGAGGAUACCUUUAAAUUCUCCCAUAUAUGGUAA